AUGCCGGUUGCCACCACCACAUACUUUCAGAACUCACCAGAACGUCCGAGCUACAGCACCAGCCCGCCCUCUCCGGACCGCAAGCGAUCCACAAAGCGCGAGGACAAAUGGAUCAUACAGCACGGCUCAAAGCUUCACUCCCUGGGGCGCGACAAGGCCCCCUAUCCCUUUUCCUAUAACCGCGAAGUCCUCGAUAUGUCAUGCACCGACCACGCGUUAAUGAACCGGCUAAAAGGCUCCGUGAGCUUCAUUAACUUCAAAGGCGAUCCUCCAAGACGCUGUCUGGACUUGGGCACCGGGCUCGGCGACUGGGUCGUCGACGCGGCCAAGGAGUGGCCCGACUGCACAUUCGUCGGCUAUGACCUCGUCAAUGUCCAAAUCCCGCUGUUCGCUCUCGAGGACUCAAUAGCCUCGCGAAUAGAAUGGGUCCAUGGGAACUUCUUGCGACAGAAACUCCCGUUCGACGACGACGAGUUCGACCAUGUGCACAUACAUGGGCUCGCCUUUGCAGUGCCGGAGAACAAGUGGCAUUCACUAUAUCAGGAAGUCUACCGCGUACUGGGGCCAGGCGGCACUGUGGAAGUUAUCGAGGAAGAUGCGAUAUUCCCAACGCUCCCGCGAUGGUUCACGGCCCCCCUGAAUGCCCCCCUACCGCGAGCCCAGAUGGGUCCUGACGACAGCGUAGAGGAGAGCGCAAUAGCAAGAUUGCCGGUGCCUUCUAGCCUCCCUCAUGACCACGCUCUGUUGGAACACCUAUUUUGUUCUGUAUUUCACAGCCGCUUCCUGAACCCGACCCCGAGUUCGACACUUCCGAGCUACUUCACAGCGUUUUUUGGACACGUCCUUUCUCCGCCGGUCAUCAACUUUCCGAUGCCGCCCAUCGCGCCGCUGCAGCUGACGCGGCCGGGGGCGAUCCAGCCGGGCGAGCCGCGGCGGCUGUCGGACGCGUCGGAGUGCACGAGCAGCAGCAAGCGGUCGAGCUUCUCGACCGGGUCUUCGGAGCUGACGGGGUUCGGAUCAAAGAGGACGCGGCAGGAGCGCUCGGAGUCGGUGUCGACGGCCGCGUCGUCGGUCUCCAUGGCUACCUGUCUCGCAGCGGCGGCGGCCGGUAGUGGGGGCGGGUGCACAUGUCGCGCGCAGCACAUGGCGGCGUACGUGCAGGAGGAGGGGACGCGGAUCGGCGGGGCGGCGGCCGUCGAGCUUUUUCCGGUGUGCAACGUGUCGGGUAUGAACGAGCACACGCUGUUCUUCCAGCUCCGGCGGGCGGUCGGGCAGGUUCUGGCCGUGAAGGAGGCGAUGUGGGAGGAGCUCAAGGAGAAGAUCGAGAAGGACGGGCAUGCGCUGCUCGCGUACGGCUGGGAGCCUGCUGACUUUGACCCGGAGUCGAGUCGGCAUAAGUUUGAUGCCAUGCUUGAGCAAUACAAGAAUGACAUGCAGAUCCGAAUGUCUCUCUGGCACGCGGUGGAGAAGACUGCUGGCUGGAAGGCACCGCGGCGAGAUCCUCUCUCGAAACCGGAACUUCUUGAACAGAAACGCUUGCGGGAAGCCAUCGUCCUCGCACAACAAUCUGGCAAGGUUCAGGACAUGGGUGGACCAUGUCGUUCAUUACGCCUGUUGACAGGCGUCAAGGUUGUAUAA